GCUAAAGCGAUAUGUACUUAAUCCAGGUUAUUGUCCCACAAUUGGUCCAACUUUUGUCAGAAAUUAAACAACCGGCUUUGUGUGUAUCUUUGUUGGUGUAUAUAUCUACACCAAUAUUUCUACAUAUAUGUAGUUUGAUUUAUGCUAAAUGUUUGGUCACUAUAUAGGACAUCCAAAUAAUACAUAAAGUGCACAUGUUUGACCUUGGGGUGAUCGAUGAAUGUAUUUAAAUGCCAUGGAUGGUAACUACUAAAAUUGGACCAACAGGUUUUUCUAUCUUCUUCCUUUUCACUGAGAGAACCGGUCAAUAUUUUUAUUAAAAAAAUGCAAAUAAACUUGUCUAAAAUUCCCUUUAACAUUUUUGUCAUGAUAAAUUUUGUUUGGGUUAAGCAAGAUUGACCAUUGUAUUUAUACUUAGGCUUUCUGUGAAAUUAUAUAAACACUCAGAUGCAGUUUUAUCAAGAUCAUCACGUAAACCGUUAAUUUGAGUCUGAACAAAUUUGUUUGCUACUUUUAUUCAUGUAGUUUGGAAAAGGAUUUUUAUUUACUGUACUAUAAUACGCUAUCAAUCCUCGUAAAAGCUUGCUGUUAACUUUGACUAUGGACAACGUCUGCCAUCUUUAGAAGGCAGUUCAAGUGCUCCAAUCAGUAAAGGAACACCUAAUAUGGCUCCACAUUCAGUUUUCGCAUGGCAGCCCUUUGGAAACACAUCAGUUCACAACCAACCACAAGCUUCUUCCUUUCACGGACAACCCGCACAUUUAAUUCCAUUGAUCCCAGGUUCAACUGCUACUUAUAGCGGUAUGGUUAGCUCUUCUCCUGCUAGUUCAAUGCCUACAACUACUGAUUUAAUGGAUUGUCAUCAGAAAACUAAUUCACACUAUGCAUAUUCUACCAAUUAUUCCAGCUCCUCUGCAUCAAAUAAAUCUCGUUCUAUCGUAUUAAGUCCUGCCACUCAAUCUGGAUGCUGUCCUUCCGAUGUACAGAAUAUACGUUUAGGAAUGCUUUUACCCAAUUCUCAUUCCCCAACUACUGCUCCAGUACCAAUCUAUGCACCUUCACUUUCAUCCACUACCACUUCUAGUUCAGCACCCCAUCAAGCCUUUUGUUCUCCAAAUAGCUCUUCAAGUUCGAAUCUAUUUAGUACACCUCCAGUAUUGUCUAAUCACCCAGUUCAAGAUCCUGCUAAAGCUGUCAGUCAAAAACAACGUUCAAAAAAGGAGAGUCAUAACAGAAUUGAACGGAAGCGAAGAGAUUAUAUUAACUCACAAAUCGUCUAUCUCAGUAGCUUACUCCCACCGGAACUGUAUCGGGAUGUAGAUGGUCGACGAAAUAAAGGUAGUGUGCUCCGACUUUCAGUUAGUUACAUUAUGGAGUUACGUGAAGCUGUUUCAAGAAUGGAAAGUCUUAAACAAGAAAAUACGAUAGCACGCCAACUAAUCCCCCUCCUUUUACAACGUAUUGAGAGCCUUGAGAAAAUGACCUCGGAACCUAGUGGUGAUCUAAAAUCUAGUGAACAGUUACAUCACUCCUCAUCUGCCAAUUCAUUGAGAAAUUUACAGUCACUUGAAGCUGUUUAUCAAUCAUGGCUUUUAUUAAAUGAAGCAAAUCAACGUGGUUCUAAUAGUAGUGGAAAUACACCGAAUUUGUCCACAUCUGUUUCACGACACUCAAUGCAUCCUGCACAUACAAAUGCAAGUGAUAGUCGAUAUUUACAUGAGUUAAUGAUGCAAAAUGAAACUCCAGCUGAUCUUGAUUUCAGCGGUUCCAAAUUACACCCAGUCCAAUCAAGACACAAUGUCAAUAUAAAAAGAGAACAUGGUGAAGAAGAAGAAAGAACAGAUGAUUGUGGUUCAUUAUGUAACAAAUCAGAUACUCGACGUCCAGGAUGCUCGUCUCGAUCAAGCUUUACUGAUCAUCCAACAUCAGAGAAGAUUGAGGAAGAAGUAGCGUCACAAGAUGGAAGCUUUGAUAGUAGACCUAAUUCUGCAUAUGAGUGCUAUCCACAUAAUCUACCAAGAACUCCACAGUCAAGUGUUUUCCUGCAGAACCACUGAUCAUCAUCCUACUUCUGUUUUGUUUAUUUCUGUUCAACUUAUUUUUAUUUGGUAGAGGAAAAUGUCACUGUUCUGAAUGAAUCUCUAGCUCGUUACUACCAUUAUUAUUAUCGUUGCAAGUUAGCGAUGAUACUAUUCAAUAUUGAGGAUUUUCCUCAUCUCCUUACACCUCCUCUGUCUCUGCGUGUGUGUGUGUAUAUCCAUCAAUUGUUGCCUUAUUUCACCUCUUAAAUUAUUUUCAUUUCACAUUUGGAGUUAUUUUUUGUUUUGUUACAUUAUUUUUGAUGAUUAUUGCCGUUCCCCUCUUUUUUAUUAAAAAAAAAUCAAAUCAGAGUAAAUAAAUAAUGUUCAAAACAAUUAACUGGAAUAUUCUACAUAGAUACUUAUUGAAUGUAAAUCUAGAUUAACAAAGAUUAUAGUGUACACAGAUUAUUUACACUUCAGAUGUUAGAUUAUUCCGUUUUGUUUUUCGUUUUCUUUUCUUAUUUAUUACUACCUGUUACAUUACAUACGAUACUUUAUCUUUUGUUUCCUUUAAAUGAUUAGUUUGUCUGUGCUCUUGUUCUAUUCACACUAGUGCGUACUAUUUGAUGAUAAAGAAAAAAGGCAUAAUAUUCAUAUUGUAUUAUCAUGAAUAAAAUAUUUUUUAUUUUUAGUUAAAUUUUCUUGCUUUGCCUAGCCUCUCCUCAACCUCCCAUUAUAUUAUUAUUUAUCUAUGAAUUGAUGUAAUUCAUUUAUUUAUAAAAUAAAAUUUCAAUAAAAUAGUGCUUUUGACAAUAUUAUUAUCAAUGUUAUUCAGAGAGUUUGCUUUUGGUUUGUUUUCCCCUUGAUAUAUUUUGUUUUUGGUGUGAUUAUUAUUAUUAUUAUUAUUAUUAUUAUUAUUAUUAUUAUUAU